AAAAAAACAAAACAAAAAACAAUGAAAACGGGAAUUCUCUUCCAUUUACUUUGUACAUUCUGAAUACCACAUUAACAAAACACAAUUUUGUCUGAAAAAUGGAUCUGUAGUACAGUACAGUACUGUAGUAGAUACUUAUUUAUAUAUUGGCAGAGGUGGGUAGAGUAGCCAAAAUUUUUACUAACGUAAAAGUAGCGUUACUUCAAAAUAAUAUUACUCAAGUAAAAGUAUCCAUCCAAAAAAUGUACUAAAGUACCAGUAAAAAAGUAUCCAGUGAAAAGAAUAUUCAAGUAAUGAGUAACAUUGUGAGUAACUGCUUAUUUUUUGUAUUUAAUUUUUUUAAACGAUGGUAUUUUUUUUUCUCUCAGCACAAACUUAUCUAACUCAUUAGAUAAUCGCAUUAAGCCAAAGAAAUGCAAAAAAAAAAAAGAAAGAAAAACUGAAUUUCGGCGAGAGAAAAAAAGACAGUAAUAAAGCAUUCUUCCAAAGAGCACAAGUGCCCUCUAGUGGAAAAAAUUGUUCCUAGUUUGAAUAGUGAAUCGUUCCUUCAUGGUGACUAUUAUGAAAUUAAAGGGAUCACAUCUCCGGUUUUCCUUGGUCAAUCGGUGCCAAAUAAAAACUGGGAAAGAGGUUUUUAUCCGCUCUUUCAAGUCAUAUUGAGGGCAGCGCUGUAUGUCAAAUACUUCAUUUUUUACGGUGCUUUAAAGACACCACGUGAUCGAACAGGCUGGCAUGAUCAUAGAAUGCCAAGCUUGAGUCUUAUUUGGUGUAAUGGACUCGUGAUUAUUGUUGCGACGUCUCAUUGGUAAAAUUGGUAGAGCUACUCUUAGCAUCGCUGGCAAAAAAUUAUAAAUCUAAUAUUUAGAAUAAGGAGGAAAAAUGUAUCGACUCUUGUGUCGCCCAAAGUAGUGGAGUAAGAGUAGCGUUUUUUCUUAACAAAAUAAAAAGUAAAAAGCAUGGCUUGCUAAAAUUACACUUAGAAGUAAUUUUUUCUCAAAGUUACUCAAGUAAAUGUAACGUGUUUACCCACCUCUGUAUAUUGGGGCUAAUUUACUCGACAUUUAAAUUUUUAGUUAAUUUCAUUGUUACAAUCCUGUUGUAAACCCAUGCCAAGAAAUAACUUAUUGUUUCAAAGAAGCCAUUUUGGGGCCCAAGCAGGCCUUCGUCUUUGAUCGUAAACACUUAUUUGUCCAACUGAGCUCCAAACAGUAUAAUAUUGAUCCAAGGGUGACGCUGCAUGACCAAAAAGGCUGUAUAUUUUCAAGUGAAUCCAUGAAACUUUUUGAGAACACAAGGUUUCUCUUUUAUUUUCCCAAACAUUGUGAUCAUCUGAUGACAAAAUAUGUGGUCUGCAUUUCAAAGAGGAAGUUUUUUUUUUUUUUUUUAAUACAUAUAUGCACGUGGUAGACAAGCCAAACCAUCCUAUUUCAUUCAAACCACAAAACCAUUCACUUAAGCAGGGAGAAGUCAAACUGAGGACAAAAACAUGAAUCUAAGCUCCUCGUCCUACACCCUUGACUUUGGCUCAGCGUACGAAGAACUCAACUUCACGUACAACGACACAGAUUUCAUCUUUAACCCCGAGACACAACCAUGCGACCCGUUUUCCAUCCCGGAUGCAGCUGCAAUUUUCCUCAGCAUUUUUUAUAUCGUCAUCUUCCUCGUGGCCAUUCCUGGAAAUCUGGUGGUGGGCCUAGUAAUCGGUCUCAGCAAGCAUCUGCUUCCCCCUUCGGACUUGUAUCUCCUUCACCUGGCUGUGGCCGACCUCCUACUGGCAGUCACGCUUCCGUUCUGGGCUACCGCCGUCUCAAAGGGAUGGAUCUUUGGAGAUGGUUUGUGCAAAAUAGUCACCAUCGUCCAAGAGCUCAGCUUCUACACCAGCAUCCUCUUCCUGACCUGCAUCAGCAUGGACCGCUACAUGGUCAUUGUUCGAGCAAUGGAGGCCCGGCGGUCAAACCGUCAGCUAGUGAGCUGGGGAAUCUGCUUGGCAGUCUGGUCCGUUGGAGCUCUCCUGUCUUUGCCAGGACUCCUGUACUCAUCUUUCUCAUCCUCUGGUCACAUGGUGUGUGCCGAGUACUAUGAUCCACGCAGUGCGGAUGAGUGGCGCCUGGCCACAAGAAUCCUCCGCCACACCCUCGGUUUCCUCAUCCCUCUGGCCAUCAUGUUGCUCUGCUACGGUGUCACCAUCCAUCGCCUCCUCCACGUACGUGGUGGAUUCCAGAGGCAGCGGGCCAUGAGGGUGAUCGUGUUUGUGGUGGUGGCAUUUCUUCUCUGCUGGACACCAUACCACUUCACGGUGAUGACAGACACCUUCUUCCGGGCGAAAAUAGUGCAGUACAGGUGCCCUGCUCGGACGGCUGUGGAUCAGGCCUUGGUGGCCACUCACAGCCUGGGACUCCUGCACAGUUGCGUCAAUCCGGUGUUGUACGCAUUUGUGGGAGAGAAGUUCAGAAGGAGGUUGCAACAGCUGAUGAGGAAGGCUGGCGUCCUGGAAAGGACGUCAGUCUCUAGGACAAGCAGGUCUUCGGUCACGUCUGAUAUAACGUCUACAUUCAUGUGAGGAGCUCUGAAUGGACAGUUGACUAAAGAUUGAUUAAGCUAUAGUCAUGAUUAACCAACCUUUAGUUGUAAAAAUACUUUGUAUUCUAUCAUGUGAAUACCUGUUGUAUAGUUUUUAGGUUGUCUUCAGCAAUCACACCCUCCUUCAGUUUACUUAGUUGUGAGUUGUGUUUCUCGAGGUUUGCAACACAUUGACGCUAUGUCAACAUUAUGACAAAACAUCCUGCCAAAAACCCGAAGACAACAAGGAUGUGAUUUGUUUUAUGUUUUUCACUUGGUGGCGAAAUAGAGUAGCUUUGCAUUUAGUGUUUUUAGCCAUUUUAAUUCACUAAUCAUUGACUGGAUGGUGAACAUGCGAGGCAUUUUACUGCCCCCUGAAGUUCAACUGCAUUUACUGAAUCAUGAGUCAUGAGCUGAGUCUAUAUUUUAUCCUGUCCGUUUUUAUUUGGGCUCAUGAAUUAAGUGAAUGAAAACAAUCUCAGCAAAUGAAUGUCCUUUAACACUCUAUUUUCCUUUCUGUCGUUUGUGUCAUCUAAAAUUAUUUUCAAACUAGAAUGUUAAUAUGACAACCAGCGAUUGGAAAUAGUCUCAUCAGCAGGCAAGUAUAUACAUAUAUGUACAUAUAUAUAUAUAUAUAUACACCACUUAAAUUCAAGACUAAAAUGUUUACAGAUUAUAGAAAUAAACGUGAAUUGUCAAAUGCUUUGUG